AUGCCUUUGGAAAAUAAUGAUUUGAGAGUUGACAAUUUAAUCAAAUGGUUAGGAAUUCCUCCAUCAUACACAACCCUAAGAUUAAACCUAAGAGUAGACACAGCUGACAACAUUCUUUCUCAAGUUCAACAAACUUUAAAUAUUCAAUGUAGAAAGAAAAAUAUAGAAGAGUUUAAGAUGUGGCUACAUCCAGCUGUAAAAGAUUGCUUAGUAAUAGAAAACAGAAGACCUAACAAUGAUGUUAUCCCUGCAGAAAAAGAGGUGAUUGUUGACCUAUUAUGUGGUACUGCUGUACUCCGAGGGGCAGACAUUUUUUCUCAGGGAAUCAUGGGGGCACCCUCAAAUAUGUUGAAAGGGGAUAAAGUAGCAGUGUAUUGUGAUAUGGAAGGAAAAUGUCGGAGAGGAGCUGUAGCUAAGUAUGAACACACUAAAGUCUUCCUAGGAAAUGGUAUAGCACAAAUUGGUAGAGAUGAUUAUUUUUGUUCACAAGAUAAAGUGAGUGGUAUUGGUAUAUUAAUGACAGAAACAAUAAUAGAAGCGCCAUGUUUAGAUAUUUUACCAGAAUUAGUAUUUGCUCAGAAUCUACCAUCUAUAGUGUGUAGUCAUGUCUUAGAUCCUCAACCAACAGAUCUGAUAUUAGAUAUGUGUGCUGCACCCGGAGGAAAAACAGUUCACAUAGCAUCAUUAAUGCAAGGAAAGGGUAGAGUUAUUGCCCUUGAUAAGGCAAAAGGCAAAAUAGAGAAAAUUAAGAAGAAUGUAAAUCUAUGGGGUUUAGAUGACACUGUCUCUUGUUUUGAUUUUGAUGCUCGCAAUGCUAUGACAGACAAGGAAUUAGUCAAAAAAGGUGUCACAGAUGAGCCACCAUUUCCACCAGAAGCAUUUGAUAGAAUUCUAUUAGAUGGUCCUUGUAGUGCACUUGGACAACGACCAACUUUGAAAAAUAACAUGAUACCUGGUGUUUUAAAGUCUUUUCCCAAAUAUCAAAAACAGCUUCUAAAAACUGCUAUAGAGCUAUUAAAACCUAAUGGUAUAUUAGUUUACAGUACUUGUACUGUAACUGUAGAAGAAAAUGAACAUCAAGUAGAAUGGGUUUUAGAAAAUUUUCCUAAUAUGAUACUUUCACCUCAAAGUGUCCACCUUGGUUGCCAUGGUACAGGAAGUAAUCUAUCUGAAGAAGAGUUGAAAAUGGUACAAAGAUUUGAUAUCAGUGGUUUAGAUGAAAAUAACUUAAACUGUGAUAAUGACACUAUAGGAUUUUUUAUUGCCAAAUUCAUAAAGACAUAA